AUGUCCUCAGAGAAUUCGAAGGAGAGGGCACAGGAGUUAAUGAGAAAGAGGUGCAGGAUGAGACCGUAUUAUUUCGUCGGCAGGGAGAUCGUCAUUUGGGAAAGAGAUGUUGGCGAGAACACGGAAGAGGCCAUCGGGAAAAGGAUCUGGCCAGGGGGUGAGGCGUUUGCCGAAUACCUUGAGUCUGGUGAGCUUUCAUUGGAAGACAAGAAGGUCAUCGAGUUGGGAGCCGGCACCGGCUUGGUUGGAAUCGUUGCGAGUCUCCUCGGCGCUGACGUCACCAUCACCGACCUUCCCGACAUCCUCCCCUGUACGGCUGAGAACGUGACGUCCAACACGAUGGAAGGACAGAGCUGUGUGCGCCCCCUAACGUGGGGAAAGAACCUUGCAGCAUUUCCAACAUACGGCGUCCAUUACGAUUACGUCAUCGGGAUCGAAGUUGUGUACAUCGAAGACGUUUUCCAAGAUCUCAUCACCACCAUCAAAUACCUGAGUGAUAAAGAUACGCGGAUCCUGAUUGGCUACCAGAUCAGGGUCAAGGAAAGGGACAGAGCUGCACUGGUCCUUCUUGGCGCCAUCAUCUUCUUCAGGAGGACCGUUUUGUACCAGGGUUUCCACAACGACGACGAGGAAGAAGACACGCCUUACGUUAACGACAAGAAGAUCAUGGAAGCCCUACCAUCCUGUCAAACGAUUGAGCAAGCAGCGGUAGAAGACACUGAACAGUGA